ACUCCGUCGCCUCAAAACAAAUCUUAUCAAAAACCCUAAUUUCGACCAAUAGCUCAUCACAUCGGUUGCAAAAGGGCGUAGCCGAAAACUGCUUAGGAUUACCUUUUCCUAGGCCGUUUUCACCAUACAGAAAACAUUAAGCAACCAUGGCGGACGUAAUGUCAAUGGAAGAUAUCCGAACGGAGGCCUCCCGUUUGAAUAUUGAUUUGUCGGCAGUUGACUGGAACUCUGUUUGGGUUCCUCCCGGUGAAGACUUCGGUAUCAAAAGUGACGAUGAAGAUCUUAACGAGGAGGAUUCAUUGGAAUUUGAUGCUGGGUUUGGCAACAUUAUUGUUGUGGACAAUUUACCAGUUGUUCCCCGUGAGAAAUUUGAGAAGCUAGAAGGUGUAGUACGUAAGAUUUACAGUCAAAUUGGGGUAAUCAAGGAGAAUGGGCUUUGGAUGCCUGUUGAGGAAGAAACUGGGAAAACUCGAGGUUACUGCUUCAUCGAAUACAACACUCCACAGGAAGCUGAACUUGCAAAGGAAAAAACCAAUGGGUACAAGCUUGAUAGAGCCCACAUUUUUUCUGUCAACAUUUUUGAUGAAAUUGAGAAGUUCAUGAGAGUCCCAGAUGAGUGGGCACCUCCAGAAUCCAAACCAUACACUUCAGGGGAAAAUCUACAACAUUGGCUUACUGAUGAGAAAGGUAGAGAUCAAUUUGUUAUUCGUGCUGGAUCAGACACAGAGGUUUUGUGGAAUGAUGCAAGACAAGUGAAAGCUGAUCCUGUUUACAAACGACCUUUUUGGACAGAAAGCUUUGUGCAAUGGUCUCCUUUGGGGACAUACUUGGCAACUGUCCAUAGACAGGGUGCUGCUGUGUGGGGUGGUGCUUCUACCUUCAAUCGCCUUAUGCGCUAUGCUCAUCCUCAGGUUAAAUUGAUUGACUUCUCUCCUGGUGAGAAGUAUCUGGUUACUUACAGCAGCCAUGAGCCAAGCAAUCCACGAGAUAGUCAUAGGGUGGUGCUCAACAUAUUUGAUGUGAGAACAAGCAAAGUAAUGAGAGAUUUCAAGGGAAGUGCAGAUGAGUUUGCAUUUGGAGGAAGUGGAGGCUUUUCUGGUGUUUCUUGGCCUGUUUUCAGAUGGGGUGGUGGAAAAGAAGACAAGUACUUUGCUAGACUUGGAAAAAAUGUGAUUUCUGUGUAUGAGACAGAGACUUUUAGUCUUAUUGAUAAGAAAUCAAUUAAAGUUGAAAAUGUGACUGAUUUUUGUUGGUCUCCUGCUGAUCCUAUUUUUGCACUCUUUGUACCUGAACAAGGUGGUGGAAAUCAACCUGCUAGAGUGAGUCUGUUCCAAAUCCCAAGCAAAGCAGAGUUACGCCAAAAGAACCUCUUCAGUGUGAGUGAUUGCAAAAUGUAUUGGCAAAGUGAAGGAGAAUAUCUUGCAGUCAAAGUUGACCGAUACACAAAAACUAAAAAAAGCACAUACACUGGAUUCGAGCUUUUCCGCAUCAAAGAACGCGACAUCCCAAUUGAAGUUUUUGAACUCGAAAACAAAAACGACAAAAUCAUUGCAUUUGCAUGGGAGCCCAAGGGUCACAGAUUUGCAAUCAUUCAUGGUGAUAACCCAAGGCCCGAUAUCAGUUUCUACUCAAUGAAAGGAGGGAAAGUCUCUAAACUCACAACCCUAAAGCAAAAACAAGCCAAUGCCCUUUUCUGGUCUCCUGGUGGCAGAUUUGUAAUUUUGGCUGGGUUGAAGGGCUUCAAUGGACAGUUGGAAUUCUUUAAUGUGGAUGAGCUUGAAACCAUGGCAACUGCUGAGCAUUUUAUGGCAACCGAUAUCGAAUGGGAUCCUACUGGAAGGUAUGUUGCAACAUCAGUGACUUCUGUGCAUGAAAUGGAAAAUGGUUUCAACAUUUGGUCAUUCAAUGGCAAGCUACUCUAUCGCAUUCUCAAGGACCAUUUCUUUCAGUUUUUGUGGAGGCCAAGGCCACCAUCAUUCUUGAGCCCUGAGAAAGAGGAGGAGAUCUUGAAGAAUCUGAAAAAGUACAGCAAAAAGUACGAUGUGGAAGAUCAAGAUAUCUCAUUGCUAUUGAGUGAGCAAGAUCGUGAGAAAAGGAAACAGUUGAAGGAGGAAUGGAGUGAGUGGGUGAAUCAAUGGAAGAAGUAUCAUCAACAUGACAAAAUGGAGAGAGAAAUGCUCAGAGAUGGUGAAGCCAGUGAUGUUGAAGAGGAAUAUGAAGCCAAACAGGUUGAGGUUGAAGAAUUGGUGGAUGUUUCUGAAGAGGUCGUUGCUGAUGCUUAGAAACUUUUUUCAGUUAUGUUGAUCGACUAUUUUUUGUAUUUGUGUUGAUUGUUUUUUUUGUCAAAGAGUUUUUCAGACAUCACUGGUUUUUAUUCUAAAGUCUAAACCCAAAAGUUUUGUUUAAAA